AUGCCACGCGCCCCUCGAAGAGCAGCGCAUCAGGCCCGUAACAAUGAAGUCACAACGACACCCACUCGCAACGCCUUGACAGCAGAAAUCCCUCCAUUUAUGCUCGAAACCCCUCCUCAUGCUCCCUUCCUCACUACUCCCUUACCACCGUCGAACAAUCCGGGCAACUCCAUUGUUCCAGGAACUAAUCCCCCACGUCGUCAACACGUUCGGAACGAACCAACACCAACCGCUCAUGGAAACGGAAAUAUCCACCAAGAGGGCGCCGAAGAGACACAGGCGUCGCAGAAUGGUCUUGGCUCAACAGCCUCAGAAGGGGGUCACGCAGACGAGCAGUCACUGCUUGAAUCUGUCCACCAUGACAUUGAAGAUGCCAGACACCUCCAGGGCCUGAGGGACAUUUCAUCGUUGGCAACAUGGACGUUGUCUUCUACAAAGCCCGGCUGUGGGCUGCCACAGCUGCGGAACCCGAGCCCAGCUCUAUUCUGGCAGAGUGAUGGGCCGCAACCUCACACUCUGACGUUACACUUCUUCAAGCUUGUCGCCAUCGUCAAAAUGAGAAUCUACCUGGACUUCGAGCUGGACGAGUCGUACACACCGACGAAAAUGAAAUUCUAUGCAGGCAUGUCAGAAGGGAGUCUGGUUGAGUUUGGCACAUGGGAAGUCAACGACACUGUUGAUCUGGAGACGGGUGAGGCGCACAGCAGCAUAGAAGGCUUACGGGGCUGGAUCGACAUACCGCUGAAGGGUGUAGGCGGUAGAGAGCCACGCUACCAUGGAAAUUCGGAUAUGGUAGCCAGUCAGGGAGAGCCUACGCUUUACCCCCUCAGAUCUGAUCUCCAGGAGAAUCCGGGAGGGGAUGUGCUGAAGGCGAUGGUGGUACAGAUUCGUAUUUGUGAGAACCACCAGAAUGGCAAGGACACCCAUGUUCGGGGAUUCCAGGUAUUUGGACGAGACUACAGCCACCAUGCAGAGAUGAAGAGCCAUGUGAGGAAGGGCAAAGGCAGUAAACAGAAACAGGCGCUGGAGGGUGAUGACGAUGCCGACAGGGUUGCUGGGCUUCAGAUGGCGGACUGGAUGGGUGAGGCUGAGAUCCGAUAA